AUGGAGCUGGAGAAAACCUACGCGACGGCCCGAGCCGGCCGCACAGGACAUGGAGGCGUCAAUCAGCUGGGGGGUGUUUUUGUGAACGGCCGCCCCCUCCCCGAUGUCGUUCGCCAAAGGAUCGUGGAGCUCGCCCACCAAGGGGUCCGGCCGUGUGACAUCUCCCGGCAGCUCCGCGUCAGCCACGGCUGUGUCAGCAAAAUACUCGGCAGGUAUUAUGAAACUGGGAGUAUUAAGCCUGGAGUGAUUGGAGGAUCAAAACCAAAGGUCGCCACACCCAAAGUCGUUGAAAAAAUUGCAGAGUACAAACGCCAAAAUCCCACCAUGUUUGCCUGGGAGAUCAGGGACAGACUCCUUGCCGAGCGAGUGUGUGACAACGACACCGUGCCCAGCGUCAGCUCCAUUAACAGGAUCAUAAGGACCAAGGUGCAGCAGCCACCCAACCAGCAGGUCCCGGCUUCCAGUCACAGCAUAGCCUCCACAGGAUCCGUCACCCAGGUGUCCUCGGUCACCACCGACUCUGCUGGCUCGUCCUACUCCAUCAGUGGCAUCCUGGGGAUCGCCUCCCCCGGCACCGAGAGCAACAAGCGCAAGCGGGACGAAGGUAUUCAGGAAUCUCCAGUACCGAAUGGCCAUUCUCUACCAAGCAGAGAUUUUCUUCGGAAACAGAUGCGAGGAGACCUUUUCACCCAGCAGCAGCUAGAAGUGUUGGAUCGUGUCUUUGAGAGACAACAUUAUUCUGACAUUUUCACAACAACUGAGCCCAUCAAACCAGAGCAGUGGUGCUCCAUGCUGAUGAGACAGUGCGUGGUACAACCGCAGGCAGUCAUUUUUCAGGCAACUGAAUACUCAGCCAUGGCCUCACUAGCUGGUGGGUUGGAUGACAUGAAGGCAAAUAUAACCAGCCCUACUUCUGCAGAUUUGGGAGCAAGUGUUCCUGGGCCUCAGUCCUAUCCUAUUGUCACAGGUCGCGAGCUGGCAAGUACAACCCUCCCAGGAUACCCUCCACACGUCCCUCCUGCUGGACAGGGCAGCUACUCCGCUCCAGCACUGACAGGAAUGGUGCCUGGGAGUGAGUUUUCUGGGAGCCCAUACAGCCACCCACAAUAUUCAACAUACAACGACUCCUGGAGGUUUCCCAACCCUGGACUCCUAGGCUCCCCCUACUACUACAGCGCUACAGCCCGUGGAGCAGCCGCGCCAGCUGCUGCUGCUGCCUACGACCGCCACUGA